AUGGCCACACCCGACACCUCAGCGCGCACAAGCGCCGUCAGCGACACGGACUGGAUAUACGACACGUCCGAGGAGCACCACGCCAAGGCAGCGCAGAUCAUCCAAGCGGCGAUAGGGCAAAACCUUGCGCAGAUGGAGAUUCGGUUCCAAGACCUCGCCAUCACGGCCGAAGUGACGGUGAACGCCAAGAACUCGCAAGAGAUUCCUAGUGUCUGGACGGCCUUGAAGGGCAUGGUGACGUUCCAGAAGAAGCACGUCGUCCACAAGGAGGUCCUCAAGCCCAUGACCGGCGCAUUUCGCCCGGGCACCAUUACACUCGUGCUCGGUCAGCCAAGUUCAGGCAAAUCCUCGCUCAUGAAAAUCCUCUCGGGGCGCUUUCCGGUGGCCAAGAGCGUGCAUGUGGCCGGCGCCAUCACGUACAAUGGCCGGCCGCGGGCGGACUUGCUUCCCGUGCUGCCGCAACUCGUCGGGUAUGUUGGGCAGCGCGACUUCCACUACGCGACAAUGACGGUCGAAGAAACGCUCGAGUUUGCACACGAGUGCUGCGGUGCGAAAACGCUCCUACGCGAGCUGAUUGACGGCUUCCACAAGGGGACGGCUGAAGACAACGAGAGAGCCAAGGAGACUGUCGAGGCAUUUAUUACCAACUUUCCCAAGCUCGUGCUCAAGACACUCGGGCUAAGCCACGUCGCCAAGACGAUUGUCGGCGACCAAAUGCUGCGCGGCGUCUCGGGUGGCGAGCGCAAGCGCGUGACCACGGGCGAAAUGAAGUUUGGCAUGAAGCUCGUCGAUCUCAUGGACGAGAUCAGCACUGGUCUCGACUCGGCGGCAACCUACGAUAUUGUCAAGGCGAGCCGUACCCUGGCGCACACGAUGCGCAAGACCGUCGUCAUCUCGCUUCUGCAGCCGCCGCCCGAGGUGUUUGACCUCUUCGAUGACAUCCUCGUACUCAACGAAGGCCACGUCAUGUACCACGGUCCACGAACGCAAGUGCUCGGGUACUUCGAGGGCCUCGGGUUCCACUGCCCGCCGCGGCGCGACAUUGCCGACUUUCUCUUGGACCUCGGAACGGACCAGCAGCGGCUGUACCAGACUGGGACGUCGGCCAAUGUGCCACGCGCCGCGCACGAGUAUGCGUCGAGCUUCCGCCGGUCGCCUAUCUACCAAGACAUGGUCAACUACGUGAACGGUCCGACGGACGGCAACUUCUACGAGCGACCGUUCCCGAAAUUCCGCCAGUCGUUUUGUGCGAGCACGGGCACCGUCGUGAAGCGCCAGAUGACGCUCAUGGUCCGCAACACGGCGUUUUUAAAAGGCCGCUUCAUGAUGGUGCUCAUCAUGGGCCUCCUCUACGGUCUUACGUUCUACCAAAUGGACACGUCGAUCGCCCAAGUCGUUGUUGGCAUGAUCUUCUCGGCCAUCAUGUUUGUGGCCAUUGGCCAAGCGUCUCAAGUCAACACGUUUUUUGCGUCCCGCGCGAUUUUUUACAAGCAGCGCGGCGCGAACUUUUACCGCACGGCCUCGUACGUGCUCUCGACGUCGCUCGCGCAGAUGCCGUUUGCGAUCGGCGAGUCGGUUGUCUUUGGGUCGCUCGUCUAUUGGCUCACGGGCUUUGUCAACGACAUAUCGGCGUUCGUCGUCUUUCUCUGCGCGCUCCCGCUCACGUUCCUCUCGAUUCUCUUUUACGUGCUCUUUGCGGGCUUUAUGAUCGUCAAGGACAACAUUCCGGAUUACCUCAUUUGGAUCUAUUGGAUCAACCCGCUCGCAUGGUGCUUCCGCCUGCUCUCCGUCAACCAGUACGCCAACAGCGAGUACCAAAAAUGUAUCUUCGAAGGCAUCGACUAUUGCAAGACCACGGGCAUGAACAUGGGCACGUAUCAACUCAGUCUCUACGGCUUCUCGGCGAACCGUAUCUGGAUCGUCUAUGGCUUCAUCUACAUGGCAGGGGCGUACGUUGGCUUUAUGGUGCUCUCGUUUAUCUUCCUCGAGUUCAAGCGCUAUGAAAGCCCUGAAGGUACCAACGUUGUCGUCGAAGAAGAGCAAGCGCAGCAAGACGAAGAGUCGAGCUACGUCGCGAUGCCCAACUCGCCAAGUCAGUCCACCGCGAUCGAUGUCGGGCUGUCACCUCCCCGCGUCAUCCCCGUCACACUGACGUUCGAAGACGUCUGGUACUCGGUGUCGGACAAGAACGGUCAAGAAAAGCAUCUACUUCACGGCGUCUCGGGAAUCGCCCGCCCAGGCACCAUCACCGCGCUCAUGGGCUCGUCCGGCGCCGGCAAGACCACGCUCAUGGACGUUAUUGCCGGCCGCAAGACCGGCGGGACCAUCCAGGGACGUAUCCGACUCAACGGCUUUCCCGCCACGAAGCUCGCCAUCAGCCGUGUCACGGGCUACUGCGAACAGACCGACCAGCACUGCGAGUCGGCCACAUUCCGUGAAGCACUCGAGUUCAGUGCCUUCUUGCGCCAGUCCAGCGACGUCUCGGAUGCCGACAAGAUGGCGUCGGUGGAGGAGUGCCUUACCUUGCUGGACAUGCACGGCUUGGCCGACACCAUCGUUCGCGGGUCGUCGGUUGAGCAGAUGAAGCGUUUGACGAUCGGUGUCGAGCUUGCUUCGAACGCGAGCAUCCUCUUUUUGGACGAGCCGACGUCGGGGCUGGAUGCACGGGCGGCCUUGCGCAUCAUGAAGGGCCUCACGCAGAUCGCCAAGUCGGGUCGCACGAUUGUGUGCACGAUCCACCAGCCGUCAUCCGAGGUCUUCGAGAUGUUCGACCAGCUCCUUUUGCUCAAGCGUGGCGGGCACACCGUCUUCUUUGGCCCUCUCGGCACGGGCAGCGCCCAUCUCAUCGAGUACCUCGAGGCGAUCCCGGGGACGCCCGCUAUCCAACCCGGGCACAACCCGGCGACGUGGAUGCUAGAAAUCAUUGGCGCCGGCACUGCAUCGUCGACGGAGCAGCCCAAGGACUUUGCGGCCAUCUUCCACGACAGUCUUGUCAAGCAGUCGCUGACGGUGCUUCUCGACGCCGAGAACGAAGAGACGCGUCAAGAAAUGGUGUUUAAACGCAAGCGGGCGGCGCUGCCGCUCGUGCAGAUGCGAUUUGUGCUGCAGCGUUUCGCGCGUCUCUACUGGCGCACGCCGUCGUACACGCUUUCGAGCGUCCAAGUCAACAUUUUCCUGGCGCUGCUUUUCGGCAUCGUCUUUGUCGACGCGACGUACACGACGUUCAACGGACUCAACGCCGGCGUCGGUAUCGUCUUCUUGGCAACCCUCUUUAUCGGUAUCAUGGGCUUCAACGGAGUCUUGCCGCUCUUCAUUGCCGAGCGCAACUCGUACUACCGCGAGCGAGCGUGCCAGACGUACAACGCGUUCUGGUACUUUCUCGGCUCGACGCUGAUCGAAAUUCCGUACGUUCUCGUGUCGGUCGUUGUGUUCGUGACCAUCUUUUACCCGUUUGUCGGGUUUACCGGCGCGGUCCAAGCCAUCUGGUUUGCAGUCUACCUCUUCUUGUAUGUGCUCAUGCAAGUCUACUUUGGCCAAUUGCUGGCGUGCGCGCUGCCGUCGAUCGAGGUUGCGAGUGUCAUUGGCGGCCUCCUCAACUCGAUCUUUUUCCUCUUCAUGGGCUUCAACCCACCAACGUCGCAGAUUCCAAGCGGGCUCCGCUGGCUCAACACGAUCGUACCUCCGAAAUACGGUCUCUCGCUCCUCGUGACGACGGUAUUUGCCAAGUGCGAUGCGCCGGGCGACGCCGACCUCGGGUGCCAGCCGCUCACGGGCAUCCCGCCGUCGUUCUUGGCAUCGCGCUUCAACGGACAAACGUCGCCGGUGACGCUCAAGCAGUACGUCGAGACCAUGUACGGCAUGAGCUACGACGAUCGCUGGAACAACAUGCUCGUGCUCAUCGGCUGCAUCGGCGUGUUUCGCAUCUUGGGCCUCUUGGCGAUGCGCUUUGUCAACCACCAAAAGAGAUAA